GUCCAAACUUUGUCUGGUUUGGAGACCCUGGCGACGACUUGUUCAAUCCGUUUUUCCUUCGUCCCCAAGGCACUUCUUCUUCUUGUUCAUUGUAUUAAUCUCUCGGAUCAGCUAUACAAGAGUAGUGAGACCUGAAUCUCAGACUGAGCUUUCCUCGUAGGAUGAGGCUCGAAGGAACUAGGAUUUCAGUGUCGACUUCACCUCCUUCUUCGUCUUCUUCUCUCUCUCGCUGUUGCAAGUAACCUCCAGUAGACAAAAUGACGAUUCCCGCGAAUCAGGAGGAUAGCUCUCAUUAUGUGGGCCCAGGGCCUUCCCACGGAAUUGAGGAGUAUUUUGACGAACAUCAAUAUCUUGAUUGUGAUGCUCUUGCACAGGUUCUUCAGGAUCAGGAAUGUGUUUAUCGUUCAUUUGCAACAAACUAUGGAAACCAUAAUCCUAGUGCUUCUUCUACUGCCAAUUCUCAUGGUAAUCGUGGCAUGGAUGGAAAUGAAAGAAGGAUUUUGCCUAAAGGAGAUAGUUUUGAUGCCAAAAAUGUUGAGUUGCAGUUAGCAAUUGAUGAAUCACUAGCUAUUGCUUUGCAAGAAGCAGAGUGUCAAGCUCUUCGAAAUUCCUCCAUUGAUGCUGCUAGAUCUGAAACUAGCAGAAUUGCUUCAGCUAGUGACAGGCGAAGGAACUCUACAGCCAGCACUUCAAUAAGCAGUCAAGAACAGAACUCUAUUGCUAACACUUCUCAGGCCAAUCAAGAUGAUAUUGACCCUGAUAGUAUGACCUAUGAGGAAUUACUAUUCGUAGGAGAAGCCAUCGGCACAGGUUCCCAUGGUCUGUCUAAGAAAGUAAUUUCAUACUUGCCAACUUCAAAGUACAAGGCAGGGGGGCUGUUCUCCAGAAACAACAAACGUGAAGAAUGUGUAAUAUGUUGUGUUGAAUAUAAACGAGGAGACAGGUUGAUUACUCUGCCUUGCCAACAUCUAUACCAUGCAGACUGUGCUACACGUUGGCUACAAAUCAGAAAGGUAUGCCCAUUGUGCUAUGCGGAGGUAUUCGGUUCAUGACACUAAAGGAUCUUCAUCUUCUGCUCUAUUAUGACAAUGUUCAUGUUGUCUUUGUAAUUUCUGUGAAUCAAGUAUUUUAGACAAUUCUCGUGAAAGUAUGUGAAGCUUGCUUCAUCUCUGAUCCUUGGUCAAGCUCGAUGACUUGGUAUACGAGGUAGUAGCACCACGUUGGAUGUUAGGGAAAUCUAAUAAGCAUUGAUACUCUGGGUACGUGUGUAUGUGUUUGUGUGUGUGCAUGCGUGCCAAUCUAUUUUCAUUUGCCUGCAUUUUGGAUCAUAAGGAGCAACCAACAUCUUCUAAGCCCCUGAUCUUCCUGCAACUGUCGUCUAUUUACAUCUCUUGUCAUGAAUAUCCAAAUAAGAAAAUUUGAGUGGCGAACAGCUGCAUCCAAAUGUCCAAACAUUAGACUUGUACAAUUGCAUCCAUAUAUGCCUGUGGUCUCCAAUCUGCGUGGGAUCAAGAAAACAUUAGUCAUAUGUUCGGUUUAAAUUUACAUGCCCUGCUGCUGGUGAGCCAUCCACGCCUUUUGAGAAUACUACGAUGGCCAUGAACCUUACCUUCAAAAAGAAACUUAAUCGUUUGGAUCGUGGUCAAUUAGUAUUUUUCAUAGAUAACUUCCAGGCAUUAUGAUUGGACAGAACACAACCAUUUUGGACCAUUUUUUAAGAGCCCCUAUCUUCAUGAAUUCCGGACCAUCAAUGAUGUCCCGAUCUGUGAAAAUUAGAAUCUCAUGUCGUAUUGAUGGUAACUAAAUUUGUAAAAUAGUAACUACAUCACUCUACACGCAUCCGUGCAGUGUGGUCUUACCAUAUUCUACAUUACUCUACAUUCACGAGAACAAUGACAUGUGAAUUGGAAUUUGCAGUCUAAGCUGUUCUUCUAGUCUAUAUUU